AUGGCCUCCGCUGACACCGGCACUCCUGCUCCAGCCCAGCCUGCCGCUCUGCCAGACUACCUCACCGAUCCUGAUGCCGUCCUGAGGGACAAGGAGGUGAAGUGGAGAUAUGGCCGCGCGCCUGAUUACACAAAGACGCGUAAGGUCUUUGCAGAGACCAAGAAAAUGAACCACGAAGCUGGCAGCCUGCCACAACUCGUGGAAAACCUUGUCAAGAACUGGGAAGUUGAAGCAUCUUUCAAACCGCACUUGGAGGAUUGGAGGUCCAUCGAUGCUCCCAAUUACUCAUUCGCCAUCAACGGCGGACCUCCCCAGACUGCUGAGCACAUGCUCAAGGUCGGGACCUACAACGCUAUCAUUGCACCCAACGAGUAUUACAGCCCAGUGAACUCGGACUUUGCUUCCAGUCAUAAAACGUUCAAGAGAAUGAUGCCAUCCUUUGCAUGGGAAGUUCUUGAGGUCUACAGUGGUCCACCUCAUGUGUCGUUCAGGUGGCGCCAUUGGGGUACCAUGAAGAACGACUACGUCGGAUUCAACGACAAAGACGAGAAGGUGACAGCCAAGGCUCACGGUGGUCCAAUCGACAUUCAAGGCGUGACGGUAGCGACGGUUGACGAUAAAAUCAGGUUGCAGAGGGUUGAGACCUGGUUCGAUCCAAUGGAUAUGUUCCGGCAGAUUGCUCCUCAAGGUGUUGUCAACAAAGAACCUGUUGCCCGAAAGAGCACAAGCACGAGUGCAAGCGAGUCUGCAUCCACUGCGACCCCGAACUUGGGCCCCGAACAAAGCGAACCAGCCGACACUCUACAUCCAGUGCCAUACCAAGCACUUGACGCAAAGCCGGUAAAGCUUUCUCAGCUAGACGGUACAGCUCUCGAGCCUGUUGGACAGCAGUCGAUCUCUGAUGCGCAGGCGGAAGCGCUUCCUCCUGCCUCCCACAAGCCCAAUGACGUUCAGGAUGCCGAUGGAAACUGGCUCCCCUCGCACUCAGGACGACAGACUGAUGAGCAGGGAUUGGACACGAACGUGGAACCUGACGAUGAUAAAGGACACAAAACGGCCGAGACAGGGACACAUAAAUCAAAGCCAUUGCCGGGCCAUGUACAUGAACCAGAGGAGCAUGACCAAGAAGCCGAGAUGUGGCAUGAAGCGGAGGCAACAAUGAGCUCGUUUGACGUUCUACCACCUGUUGGCUGUGAACCCGAAAAGUUCCAUGAUGCACUCGAAGGUGAGAGAGCCCUCUCAAUUGGUAGUUCGGAGGCCGAAAGCUGGACCAACGUUACCCCCCCUGCCUCAGAGCCCGUCACGCCGCGCAAGUCGAUAUAUUCAUCUGGGGUCACUGGCGCUGUUGAGCAUGAGCGGACAGACGGGGCAGCCGCAUCUCCGCAGAGCUUUUCCGGAUGCCCUGUUAAUCACGUCCAUCCUCACCCAAAAGAUAUAGAGAAGGCUGUUGAGCCCCAACCUGGAGAGGCCAUUGCCACCUCUCCGGACAGCGAAGAAACUCGAUUGACUCAUCUUGAAAUGAGCAAGAUCACACCCACGGAAUGUCCGUUCCUCUUGAACAGGGAGUAAGGUUCCUCAUGAUUCCAUUCCAGGACACUAUGGCAUCACUGGAUUGCUCUUGCGCGUACCUCUGGAGAGGUUUCUCGGUUCCCAAAGAAUGCACUGGCGUUAACCAUUCCUUGAAUUUGUACUUUAACCUCUUUUCUGGCGCAUGUGGGCGGCAUUUAGCUUCUUUCACCUCGGGACUUACCUUUACAUUGCUUUACUGCUAGCCCAUCAAGGCAAGCUUCCCAUAUGCUUCUAUUGCAAGUGGGCUCGAUCUCGAGUUUACCAGCAACUCGACGGAUUCUCUAGUUUACCUGAUGCCAUGGUAGUCAGAAAUUGC